AUGUCCGACCUAAAAGCAGAUGUUCUGGAUGACUACAAUCCCUUCGGCGAUCCUUUAGCCUCGACAAAUGUUUCCUCAGUAUAUCAACCGGCAGUGCUUCCGCCCUCAGACAGCGGCCCACCGCCUGCCUAUCCUAAUGAUACUGGUCUUAAGGAUGGGACGAUGCAAGACUCAGAAAGCACCCUUCUACCCUCCACACUGCCAGCAUUGACAGUUGCUGACCUACAGCGCAGACAGGCUGAGCUCGAUCAACGCGCUGCUCAGUUGGAUCUUCGCGAGAAGCAGGCUCAGCAACAGGAGGCCUGGCGUAUGGAGCACGGCUACGCAACCGCCGAUAUUCCUAACUGGCCUCCACUACCUCGAUGGUGCUGCUUCAAGCCGUGCAUCCGAGUCGACUUCAAUUCGGAUAUUCCCUCUCACACUCGUUGGAUGGCUGUGUACGGGCACUACUUCUGGCUGGCUUACUCCUGCCUCCUUUUACUCAACGUCUUCGGCACUCUAAGCUAUCUUGUUGUCUCUAAAACACUCGAGGAAUCCGGCGCUCUCUUCGGUGUAUCCAUUGUAGUCUUCUUACUUCUUACGCCCGCAAGCUGCUUCUGCUGGAAUCGACCACUUUACAAGGCUCUCAGGAAGAACAGUUCAAUGCAAUUCUGCCUCUUCUUUCCCUUCUUCGGAGCACAGAUUCUGAUCAUCUUCAUUCAACUGCUGGGGAUUGACUAUCUGGGUGCUUGUGGUUGGAUAAACUCUCUGAAGGUCUUUGCAUCGACACCUGCUGUGGGAGCUUUUAUGCUCGUAUUGGCAGCUCUCUUUACCAUCGCUGGCGCGGCCGCUGUCUACCUUAUCUCCCGGGUGCAUAUGUACUACCGCAGCUCUGGAGCUAGCGUGCAGCAUGCAAAACAGGAGUUGGUGCAGGACAUGGCCUCUGGUGGUUUCACCGCCAUCUCAUAA